CCUCUUGGAAUCGCGCGCACGACACGACACGACGCGACGCGAGAGCCGGUGAAGAGAACGCGCCGCACCGGCAGCGAACGAAGCCACGCCACGCCACGCCAAGCCGAGCCAUGGCGGCCAACCACUGCCUCCGCCGCCUCGCCUCCGCUGUCUCCCACGUGCCGCAGCCUCCUCCGGCUCCUCCAGCGUCCAUCCUCCUCCGCGUCGCGCUCUCCAGCUCCGCCCCGUCCACGGGUCCGCCACCGCCGCCGACGGCGCCGCCGGAAGCCGCCGGAAAAGGGGAGGGAGAGGAAGCGGCGGAAGCCAAGGGCGCCGACGUCGACGCUGAAGCGGGGAAGGAGGAAGAUGAGGACGACGGCGGCGUGCACGUGAACAAGGCCACCGGCGAGAUCGGCGGCCCGCGGGGGCCCGAGCCCACGAGGUACGGCGACUGGGAGCGCGGCGGCCGCUGCUCCGAUUUCUGAACCGCGCCGCCGCUAGCCGGCGAGGUGAGGCCGUGAGCGGUCACCAGGAAACCUGGACGUGGUUGCGUAUCAUCACACUGUUGGAUUUGCCAUCUGUGCAAGGGCGGCGUUAGAAUUGCGUUUUGCUUUGCUUUGCUUUGCUUUGUAUUCUGGGGAGGGAAUAAACAGAGAGAGUUGACAGUAUUUGUUUCAGAGUGUUCAUCAGAGCACACCGCGAUGGUUUUUUGCUUGCAUGCCUUUCCUUGAUUUUUCAUCUCGCGCAUCUAGAGUGAACAGGUGCACACAUCAAUUGUGAAUUUCACACGAGCAGAGCAAAGGAUGACAGUUCCUUCUUCCCUGGUUCCCAUUUUGGAGUUACAAAACGUGGAUGUUGUCAAAUUGCAAGCAAGGUAGUGUCUGCUAAGCAUCCUCCGGUUUUCUGUUAGUGUCUUUGUUUUUCAUCAAUUGUUUUCAGAGACAGAGCUCAUCAAUGUUGACAUGGUUGGAAUUGAGCUAGAGCGAA